GCGGAAUAAUGGAAUAUGCUUCCUUUCGGUGGCACCCCGCCUCCCCUAGUCGGUUACUUUCACGCAACCGGCGCGACGCGUCCGUAAUUCCUGAUCGAACCGCGCCCUUCCUUUGUCGAAGCCCUGAACCCUGACGUAAGCAAAAUUUAGGAGGACCGGCCUCUAUUAGCCGUUCUCCGUUACUACAAACCUCCGCUACGGUCUCCGGAUUACAAAAAGGUCCGACACAUGUCCGUCUUCCUUGCCGUCCGAUUCUAGUCGCCGAAAUCGAACGGGCAGGCUCGGCCCGAGACCGACCGAUGAAGAGAGAGAGAGAGAGAGAGAGAGAGAGAGAGAGGGCGGAGGCUUUAAACGGCGCAGAGUGCUCAUUUUUGCGGAGGAAGCAAUCGGUGAUUUCACAUUUGCGGCUCUCUGGAAAAAUGGCUAACAAUGAUGGAGAAGCAGUUGGAAGGAAUUCAACAUUCCCUCCCGUAGCCCUCAAUGAGCGAAUCCUUUCUUCAAUUUCAAGACGAUCUAUUGCUGCUCACCCAUGGCAUGACUUGGAAAUUGGACCUGGUGCUCCAGCAGUUUUCAACUGUGUAGUUGAAAUUGGAAAAGGCAGCAAGGUUAAAUACGAGCUUGACAAGCAAAGUGGCCUCAUAAAAGUUGACCGUGUUCUGUAUUCAUCAGUUGUUUACCCACACAACUAUGGUUUCAUCCCACGAACAAUAUGUGAAGAUAGUGAUCCUAUGGAUGUCUUAAUACUGAUGCAGGAGCCUGUGCACCCUGGCUCUUUCCUUCGUGCUCGUGCUAUCGGAUUAAUGCCUAUGAUUGAUCAGGGUGAAAGGGAUGACAAAAUAAUUGCAGUUUGUGCUGACGACCCUGAAUUCCGCCAUUACACAGACAUUAAGGAACUUCCUCCGCAUCGUCUUGCUGAGAUCCGCCGCUUCUUUGAGGACUACAAAAAGAACGAGAACAAGAAAGUUGCUGUUGAGGACUUUCUACCAGCCUCUGCUGCCGUUGAUGCCAUCAAGUAUUCUAUGGACCUGUAUGCUUCUUACAUUGUUGAAAGCCUGAGGCAGUGACCUUGGCUGCUUGGACGUCACACCAUCAUGCGGACUGGCCUCUUCCUGCAUACCCAUCUGGAGACAACUUCUAAUGCUCAUCUUUUCUAUGGAAUUUAGUUGAUGCCGAAAAAACAUAUAUAUAAAUAUCUUGAAGGAUGUAAUUGGAGUUUUGUAUAUCAUAAUUUUAAUUGUGCUCGUGUUGUUCUGUUUCACUGUUGGUUCAACUACUCAUGGAAUUUAGACGUUGCUGAAAAAGAAAUAUAUAUUUUAAGUUUGGAAUUA